UUUGGCGGGAGUUUUAUUGGAAUCGAUACCUUUCUAAAUAUCGAUUACUCUCGAUUGGUACAAUUGUAACUUUUGUACAUGAAACAUUACCAACUUCGUGUAAAGAAUUUGUGUUCAACGAUCGAAAAGUUGCAGACAGUUAUAAUGUCAAAAGCACAUAGUCCUACUGUUUUUAAUGGAGAGGCUGACAAUUUUUAUGACCCAAAUUUUACUUUGGAUAUUAACAAAAGGAUGCGUGUACCAAAAAGUAUUCGUGUGAGUGGCGACUACACAGAAGAAGAAAUAGCUGAUACCAAUGGUUCUAGCUGGAAUCAGAUUGUUGCAGGAGAUAAAUUUGAAAUGCAUGUUCCAGACAGAAUUUUAGUUGUUGGACAGGAACAACAUGUUGGAACUAGAGCACCACCAAGAGAAAUUACAUUAGAAAAUGCUGUUUUACCACCUGAAGCAGGCAUGGUUAGAGUGCAGACUCCACCAAGGAUUUUGACACUGGAUGACCAUUAUUUUCCGGCAGUUGAUGAAGAAGAACCAAAUUCAUACCCAACAGAAACUAAGGAUUCAUUAUCAUCUAAAUCACAUGGACAAUAUUCUACAGAAACACAAAUAGUUACGCAUGCAAGAGAACAGACACCCUCAUAUAAUGCACUUAAUGUUUCUCUUCCACCUAGUGAAGAGAUACAACAUUUACGUCGACAAGUAGGGAAAUUAAAUCGUCGAGUAAUGGCAAUCGAACUUGAGAUGUUACAACGUCAACAAAGAGAAAAAAUUUUAUAUGCGUUAACAUUAACGUAUUUAAUUCUUAAAGCUUUUUCAUGGUUGACCAGAAACUGAAUUUAUAUUAAGAAAAUACAAAAUAUUUGUAUCUUGUGUGAAAAAAUGGAGCUCUUUAUCCAUAUAAAUACACGAUAUUCUGGAAGAGUC